AUGGCCUCCCCUUUCAAAAAUAUUGUCAUGAUUGGCGCCUCCGGCUCCAUAGGCACCGUCAUUCUUCAGGCACUUCUCAAUGCUCCGUCCAUAACAAUCACCAUUGUUCAACGCAUCUCUUCAACCACUACCGGCACGUCCACGGCCACCAGCUUACCUCCCUCAACCCGCCUCAUUACAAUUCCCGACACUUACCCAGAUUCCUCUCUCGUUGCCGCCUUCGCGGGCCAAGACGCUGUCAUAAAUUGCAUGACCACCCUAGCCGUCAAUACCCAGCUCCGUAUCAUCUCUGCUGCCGUCAAAGCUCACGUCCGCCGCUAUAUCCCUUCCGAAUUCGGUCUCAACAACAACAACCUCGACGCUCGCUCAUUGUGUUCUGUGUUCCGCGAGAAGGGCGAGGUACAAGACUUUUUGCGGUCCCUGGAGCAUCGCAUGGAGUGGAUGAGCAUUGCCUGUGGCAUGUGGAUUCGGUGGAGUGCGAAACACGACUUUUUGGGCAUGCACAUCUCUACCAAGAAGUUUGUCUUUUGGGAUGACGGCCAGGGCUGGUUCAGCGCGACAACCGAGGAGAACACCGCCCUUGCGCUCGUCAAUGCUCUGACGCAGAAGUGGGAAGAGACUGCGAACAAGGUCGUUUGGCUGAGUGAUUUCGCUCUGACGCAAAGGAUGCUACUUGAUGCUAUUGAAAACGUGACAGGGGAUAGGUUUGAUACGGAGGUUGUGAAUUCGGAGACUUUAAUCCGGGAAAAAAAGUUGGCAGUCGCAGCUGGAGAUACUGCGGCGAUUUACACCCUGAUUGAGACAGGAUUCGUUACCGGAAGAUUUGGCGGGCAUCUAGAAAAGGAAGGCCAGAUUAUGAAUGACUUGCUCGGCCUUCCGAAGGUGUCAUUGGAGAAGGUAGUGAAACAGGCUGUGGAGGCAGUUCUCAAGUGA